UUAAUGUUUAAUUUGUGUUAAUGAGUCACAAUGUCAACAUGUGUUUAGAUGUACAGGAAUAUUUAAAUAUUUCUAACAAUAGAGCGGCAUCUGGGGGUCGGAGGGUGUAAUUCCUCCCGACUACCACAGAUAAUGCUUAGGAAAAUCUUACUGCUUAGGAAAAUCUUAUUUUAACAUAUAAAGUUCUACUUCCAUCCAUCCAUCCAUCAUCUACCGCUUACAUGAAUAUGAACGUCUGUAAAUACACGAUCCUCAAUACUCGUUAAAUGUUAAGGUGAAGCUCAACGUGACUCUGUGAUUGGUUUUUGCUCUACGCAGAUAAGCCCCAUAGGUAGGGGGAGGAGUAGAACGGGAGGCGGUCAGAGCUGCGCAUUUGCACAGGCAGCAGGGAGAUCGAGGAGAGAGGGAGAGAGGGAGAGAGAAGGAGGACAAGAUGAGGAGCGGAGCUUCAGAUUCAGCAGUAGUUGGGAUUAAUAAAAUCCACACCAGGAUGGCAAGAGUCAGCGCGGAGGAUAACCCCGAGGAGGAGACCGAUGAAGCAUGAAGGAGGAGGCUCCACAGACGUGCUGCAUCACCCCAACAUGGAGGCGUAGCACCCUGUAGAGGGGGAGACAGAAAGAAACAGAGAGAGGAGAGAUCAGUUCGUUGUAGACGAGAGGCAGCAGCAUCAUCAUCACCAUCACCCGUCCGUCCAGCCUGAGUGGAGAGGAGGAGCAGGAGGAGGAGGAGGAGGAGGAGGAGGAGGAGGAGGACAGAGCUGGAGACAUGGGCUCCCAGCUGGUGCAGACCCUGCGUCAGGGAGUCUGGGCAUCUCUGACCGGGGGCUGGUACCACGAACCGGAUCAGAACAAAUUCAACAACUCCUGCCACCUCUAUCUGUGGUUAUUUCUCCUCAUGUUGCCUCUGUCUCUACAUCUGGCCCUGCCACCGACCACCGUGGCUUUGAGCAUCUACUGCAGCUCCAUCACCGUCUUCUUCAUCCUCAUCAAGGUGGCCAACUAUCGGCUACACCUGAUGUUUGAUGACGGCGAGGCUCUGGUCCGCAGCAGUCUCUCUGACCUCAGCAAGGCCCAGGAGAAGAAGAGUAACGCCUCGGAGUCCUGCCUGCCUGCCAACCUCAGGAAGAGCAGCACAGUCCCAGACAGUGUUGCUAUGACGAUGUUGGCUCGUAAACGUCCCAGCCCAGUGAUCCAGGUGACAGUGAAACAGACAGAAACCAAUCCGGGACUGAUCGGCGUGGAAUGUUCAAAGUCUGACGAGGGGGAGACGUUGGAAGAGCAGGGGGAGUGUGAUGCAGAGGAGAAACAUGCUGAGGAUGGACAGAACCAAAGCCCAGAACCAUCUCCAGAUGAUCUGUCCAGCCCCAACCCUGACCAGGCCACACCGCUGCUGCAGGCUCAGCAGAGGCCUCCAUCCAGGGCUGGGAGAGAGGAGGUGGGAACCACGGGGAAAAUGGAGGAGGAGAUAAGUGAGAAUGGAUCUACGAAGGAAAGGAUGGAAGUCAAGGAGCCGUCAGAGCCAGAGUGUACUGCUGACAAAGUCUCCGAACUGGAUAGAACGGAGGAGAAGAAGUGGGAGGACAACGAGACUGGAGACAUGGAGACAGCUGAUGAAGGUCUGCCUCCGUCCAAGGAGAGUGGAGAAGACAGUGAGGAGGAGGAUGAGGAGGAGGAGAGUGAUGGACAGAAGGAGCUGCCGGAUGACAACAACAACUCACUGGAGACGUCCAUGGAGAACCGGGAGAAUUUCGUUGAAAUCCCAGAACUUCCUCUACAGGAGGAGCAGGAAGAAGAGAAGUACUGUUCUGAUGAGAUAGAAGUGGUUCUGAUAGACAACUCUGGUCCAGGGUCGGCGUCCACUCACCUGGACGAGAGCGACACAGUCAAGAUCAUCAUCACCAUGAGCUGUGACCCUCAGACCGCCGCUCAGCUGGAGGAGAGCGUGAAGCAGAGCAUUCUGGAGAACGCCCAGGCUCAAAAGGAAGCAGGAGAAUGUCACAUUAAAAUCCCUGUCAUCACCUUUGACUCCCCCGAGGACGAGAAGCAGGAGGUGGAGGGGGGGGCGGACGAGGUGAAGACAGAGUCAGAGGACGACCAGACGCCCAAACAUCAACAGGAAACCAGUCAGAGCGAAGAGUUUCAUCUUUGUAAAGAAGCCUCCAGCCCUGACUCCCCCACCCUGGAGCAGCCCCCUCCAGGCCAGGAGCAGCUGGUUGUUCAGACGACCAAUGACAGCUCACCCAGCCCUCAGCUGACCAAUGACAACAGCUCCUCAGGUAUCGACGUCCACUCCCACCCUGACGACACGGACCCUCUGGACAUCAACGUAGAUCCACAGGGCUUCCUACGUCUGCCCCCGGCUGUGGGCCGUUACGGACCCGGUGGACGGACUCACAUCCGAGGUCUGAGCAUGGACAGCGGGAAGGACGCGGUGCUGCUUUCUGACCGCUCACAUAACACGACCAUGACCAGUUCCAAGUCAGACCUGGAAGCAAAGGAGGGCCAGAUUCCAAACGAAUCCAACUUCCUGGAGUUUAUUUCCUUGUUGGGGUCCCUCAGCACCAGAGGGUGUGGGGCCAGCACACAGGAAGUAGAAGGUGUGGAAGCCAACCAGGAAGCUGGAGCAGCAAAGGAAGAGAGCGUGUGUGUGACGUCCAGACCUGAGGACACGACGAAUCAUCCUAAAACUGAAGACAGAGCAGAGAGACCCAAACCACCCACCAGUCUGCAGACUGACACCCUACAGACUGGACCUCUCACUAAUAUUCCCAUAGUCUCUCCUGACGGCUACAGUCCACAGACGGACAGGGAGAAGGACCCAGACUACGACUCUCUGCCCUCACAGACCUCCCAGUCUGAGAGCUCCAUGCUGCAGGUCAUCUGCAGACCAGAGGCCACCAACAAAGAAGAAGCCUACACCUUCCACACCGUCCACAGAGACAGACCUCGGAAACUGUACGCCGAGAGAGCCUUGAACCUUCCUCUGGGGGCGGAGCUCAUCACUGGGAACGUGGGUGACCUGCUGUCCACUUCCUCCAACUCUGAGUGUCAGGACGGGCCGGUCGGGGGUCACACUGACUGUCCUUUCCAGCGACGCAUCAUCCCUGCUCACCGGCUGAGACCACGGAGGACACACCCCGAGAUCUUCCAGGAAGAAGACUCGUUGGACGAAUCGUCAGAAACGUCCACUCAGGAAAAACCCAGCAAGAAGAUUUACUACAAACUGGAACUGUUCCCUGGGAAGUGGAUCAACAUUUUAUAUGACAGGCUGACUUUACUGGCCCUGCUGGACAGGAAUCGGGAUGUUCUGGAGAACGCCGUGGCCGUCCUCAUGGCCUUCCUGGUUUCUUUCCUGGGUUUUGUUCUUCUCAACCAUGGCUGCUUCAAAGACUUCUGGGUUUUUCAGUUUUGUCUGGUCAUCGCCAGCUGCCAAUAUUCUUUACUAAAGAGUGUUCAACCAGAUGCUGCUUCACCGACACAUGGUCAUAACCAGCUGGUGGCCUACAGUCGAGCAGCGUACUUCUGUAUCUUCUGUGGGCUGAUCUGGCUGCUGGAGCAGCUGCUGAGGCGGACGGACCUGCCCGUGUCCUCGCUCUACGGCGUCACCAUCGUCUGCCACGACGCACUGAGUUUCCUGCGAGACGUGUUAGUGGGUCUCACCUACUGCUUCCCCAUCAUCUUCUUGGUGGGCCUCCUACCUCAGAUCAACACCUUCACCAUCUACCUGCUGGAGCAGAUCGACAUCCAUUUUUUUGGAGGGACAGCUGCCACCAGUCUCAUCUCCGCCGUCUACAGCAUCGUCCGCAGCCUGGUGGCGCUGUCUCUGCUUUAUGGCUUCUGCUUUGGAGCAUUGAAGGAGCCCUGGGAUGAGCAGCACACUCCAGCUCUGUUCUCUGGUUUCUGUGGUCUCCUGGUGGUCUUCUCCUACCACCUGAGUCGACAGAGCAGCGACCCGUCCGUCCUGCUAUCUCUGAUCAAGUCCAAGAUGAUGCCUCCGCUGGUGGAGGGUGAAGAAGAGGAGGAGGAAGGAGCAGACAUUAAAGACCCGCUGCCUGAGCAGCUGCAGAACUCCAUGAAGGAGAUUCUUCUGUCAGACGUGGUCGUCUGCUCUGUGACCUACAUCCUCACCUUCGCCAUCACAGCCAGCACUGUGUUUCUGUCUCUGAAGCCCUUUGUGACCAUUGUGCUGUACGCUCUGGCUGCUACGGUGGGGUUCGUCACCCACUACCUCAUCCCUCAGCUGAGGAAACAUCACCCCUGGUUGUGGAUCUCACAUCCUGUCCUUAAAACUAAAGAAUAUCAUCAGUUUGAACCGAGAGAGGAUGCUGUGCUGAUGUGGUUCGAGCGUCUGUACGUUGGUCUGCUCUUCUUUGAGAAGUAUCUGGUUUAUCCUGCCAUCGUUCUGAGCGCACUGACCAACGACGGCUUCGCCCUGAGUCACCGCAAAAGACUUGGAAUCCACUGUGACGUCCUCCUGACCACAGUCGCUGGUCUGAAACUCCUGCGCUCGUCCUUCUGUGACCCCAGCACACACUUCCUCACUCUGCUCUUCACGCUCAUCUUUUUCCACUUUGAUUGUCCACAUGCCUCUGAGAGUUUCCUGCUGGACUUCUUCAUCAUGUCCGUCCUGUUCCACAAGAUGCGUGAGCUGCUUCUGAAGCUCCAUUUUAUCCUGGUUUACAUCGCCCCCUGGCAGAUCGCCUGGGGCAGUGCUUUCCAUGCCUUUGCUCAGCCGUUUGCAGUGCCUCACUCAGCCAUGCUGCUGCUUCAGACUCUCCUCACCACCGUCUUUUACACGCCACUGGCUCCGUUCCUGGGCAGCGCCAUCUUUAUCUCCUCUUAUCCGAGACCCAUCAAGUUCUGGGAGAGAAACUACAACACAAAGAGAAUCGACAACUCUAACAGCAGGCUGGUGUCUCAGGUGGACAAAGAGACCGGUUGUGAUGACAACAACCUGAACUCCAUAUUUUACGAGUACCUGACCCGAUCACUGCAGCACUCACUGUGUGGCGACCUCCUGCUGGGCCGAUGGGGCAACUGCAGCGCCGGGGACUGUUUCAUUCUGGCGUCCGACUACCUCAACGCCCUGGUCCACCUGAUCGAGAUCGGCAACGGUUUGGUGACCUUUCAGCUGAGGGGUCUGGAGUUCAGAGGUACCUACUGUCAGCAGCGGGAGGUUGAAGCCAUCACAGAAGGUGUGGAGGAGGACGACGCCUGCUGCUGCUGUGAACCUGGUCACCUGCCACACAUGCUCUCAUGCAACGCCGCCUUCAACCUGCGCUGGUUGGCCUGGGAGGUGACGGCCACCAAAUACCUGCUGGAGGGUUACAGCAUCAGUGAGAACAACGCUGCCACCAUGCUGCAGGUCUAUGACCUGCGCAAGCUGCUCAUCACCUACUACCUGAAGAGCGUCAUCUACUACCUGGUCCACUCUCCUAAACUCUCCACCUGGCUGAAAGACUCCAACAUCCAGGAGGCGCUGCAGUCUUACACCAAGUGGCACCACAUCGAACGUGACCCUCAGGUCUUCAGCGUGAAGAUCGAUGAAGACUACGUUCACUGUCUGCAGGGCGUGACCAGAGCCAGCUUCUGCAACAUCUACCUGGAGUGGAUUCGGUUCUGUGCUGGAAAAAUGGAGACGCCUGUGGACUGUGAUGAAGAUUCUCCUCUGGUCACUCUGUCCUACGCUCUGUCUGUUCUGGGGAGAAGAUCUUUAGGAACAGCCUCACACAACAUGUCCAACAGUCUGGAAUCCUUCCUCUACGGCUUCAACACUCUCUUUAAGGGAGACUUCCGCAUCGCCACCAAGGACGAGUGGGUCUUUGCAGACCUGGACCUUCUACAGAAGGUGGUGGCUCCUGCCGUCAGGAUGAGCCUCAAACUGCAUCAGGAUCACUUCACCUGUCUGGAGGAGACGGAGGAGGCCUCCAUCCUGUACGAGGCCAUCACCAACUACCGCAGCAGCCUGGUCAUCUGCCACGAGAGCGACCCGGCGUGGAGGAAGGCGGUUCUGUCCAGCCGCGACACGCUGCUCACGCUGAGACACAUGAUCGACGACGGCACGGACGAGUACAAGAUCAUCAUGUUGUACAAACGACACCUGAGCUUCAAGGUCAUCAAGAUCAACAAGGAAUGUGUGCGAGGUCUGUGGGCGGGGCAGCAGCAGGAGCUGGUGUUUUUACGGAACAGGAACCCAGAACGUGGAAGCAUCCAGAACUCCAAGCAGGCACUGAGGAACAUGGUCAACUCAUCAUGUGACCAGCCGCUGGGCUAUCCCAUGUACGUGUCUCCACUGACCACGUCCUACGCCGGAACUCACCGCACGCUGCGCAACAUCGGGGGAGGAGCUCUGAGUCUGGACGUCAUCCGCUCCUGGCUCUGCUCCAAAUGGUUACGGGUUCGUAAAGACAACCUGACGAGCUGUAACAGUGGCGUUAACAUGGAGGACGUGGACUGUGGGGCCGGAGGAUCGUCUUCUCUGAGUCAAAACCGUCCGUCAUCUGUGACGUCCAACAGUCUGAGUCUGUACCAGCAGCACAGAGCCAGGACCACACACAGCCACAGACACCACAACUCAGCCAGAAGAGAAUAUCGCAGCCGGUCCGUUCAGCCUCAGAGUCAACGUCCUCCUGUCAGCAGCCAAUCAGGGCCCAUCGUGGACCCAGGCUCCACCCACGGCCUGGUCCAACGCCUGUCCAACAGCCAGCUGUCCUUCAACACAUCCAUAGCUUCUAUUUUCUCCCAGGUCCCUCGUCUGUCAGGAGCAGGUGGGAUCAGCUCACAGCUGCAGACGGCACAGAACCCCCAUCCGUCCAGUCAGGUGUCCUCGUCCUCGUCCACGCUCAGCCUGCUGUUUGGGAAGCGCAGCUUCUCCAGCGGCCUGGUCAUCUCUGGACUGUCCGCGGCCGAAGGAGGAAACACCACCGACACUCAGUCCUCGUCCAGCGUCAACAUCGCCAUCGGGCCGUCGCACAGGUCCAGCAGCAGAGCCACACAGUGGACGUCGGAACCCUACGAGAGCAUCGACGUCUCCUCGUCCCACGUCACCGUAGCUGUGAAGGACGGCACUCCGUCAGUGGACGGAGGCUGCAGCCUGGGGUCGGAGAGGAACCAGGAGGACUCAGGUUCAGCUUCAGCCGCAGCUCCAGAGAAAACAGAACAGAAGACCGUCUGACACACACACACACAGACACACACCUGAUCUACAGAGAGGACUGUAUGAAACGUUACACACACAGACACACACACACACACUCCUGCCUCCUGUUCCUCAGCAUGUGGCCUGAAUGUAA